CUGUUUCCCUCAUCUCGCAAUCGGCGUUUGUCUAUGCAACGAGCAUACCAAGGCUGAAGGACUAGAGAAAUGAAGUCAUUCUCACUUUCACCAAGGCCUGGAAGUCGAUAGCCAGCACCAGUCACUGCCGGUCUUUAUCCCAGGACGGUCCUUCACCAACAUAACCUCACCACUUGGGCCGAAUGUGACUUCCUAGCUCAACUCUCCUCAUUACAACGAAAGGCUACUAGUUACUCGCUCAAUAGCGAGCAACAUCACCACCAGACACGAUGCCACCAUACUCUGUACUCAGUCCUCUAUGCUCAGAGCCUGCCUCAUAUCACAUCUAACAUCUUCUACCCAGGGAGCCCACUUCCAAGUCCUCCUUCUGGCUCCAGUGCCCAAUGCCCACAUUGUACCCACAACCGUCACAGCUGUCAGUCUACUCCCUCCGACCAUUCUCAGUUUCCCUACUGACACCCCUCCCAGCGCGAAUGGGAAGCCUCAGUCCAACUCUGUCUCCCCUCCUACCCCCUCUACAGGAUCUUCGGCCGCAUCCGCAAUCUCGAUGUCGAACUCUUUGCUUCCUACCCCACUCUCGCCAGAGACCUAGAAGGCCUGGGCUAUUCAGUGCGUCCUUACGACUCCACUAGAUGCAUGUCCAUAUAUGCAGAGGUCGAAGUCAAGGACAGAACUCUGGUGCAGAAGUUGCAGGAUCAGUUAUACGAGGCUCUGUGGGUCGAGGAGGAGGAAGUGGGGUAUGGGAUCAUUGCUGCCACGGCGACGGAAAUGUUGUUGAUUUGUAAACUGGAUAGGGGAAGACAUAACUCCCAAAACCCCU